GAACCGAAGGGCAGAUGAGCCAGCAGAAAUGCAGAAAAUCCUGUCAUUUAUGGACUAAAAUAAACUGGAUGACUCCAAAAAUUAAGCUUUAAGCGUACAUCAAUGCACAAACAAAACCAGCUAAAAAACUUGAGAAAGUGACCCAUGACCCGAUCAUUACUCUCGCAAAUCCUCCCCCAGUAAUAAAAGGAAAACCUCGUCUUCUAUCUUCUCAAUCUCUCUCUCCCUCUCUCUGAUUUUCUUCAAUAUCUGCACGUUUUCUUGACCCCGAGUUUUCGUUUUUCGAGUGGGUUAAUGAUUGCUAAUCUCCCAGUAAUUUGAGAUGAAGACUUUUCAUGCGGUACCCUUGUGUUAAUUUACUCAACAAGAGUAUGGCAUCAGUUGAGAGUAUGGGAUCAUUAAGCAGUGACAUCUUCUAUGACAUAUUGAGGCGUCUUGAUGGCCCAACAUUGGCAAGUGCAGCAUGUGCUUGUGCUGCAUUCUGCUCCAUCUCAAAAGAGGAGAAGUUAUGGGAAAAUGUUUGUUCUUCUAUGUGGCCUUCAACAAAUAGGGAAGAUGUGAAAAGUUUAAUAGCAUCCAUUGGUGGAUUCAGAAAGUUUUAUGCAGACUGUUUUCCGCUUAUUGUUAACAAGGAAGUUUUGGAGUAUCAAUGGAAUGAGAAUCUGGAGUACCCUGAAGAAUGGAAUGAGGCUGAAUACUAUGGUGACAUAGAUGAAUUUGUGAGUAUUGCACCAUCAGAUUUUGUUUCUAUUGUUGAUAUUAGGUACAAGGAUAAAACAAUCUGUUCAAAAGUCCUGUGGGGAAUUCCUAAUGCCAAUGGAUUCAAUGGCUGGUUUUACAACUGCCCAUUUCGGAUUGAUCUCCUUACAUAUGCAGCCAGGGACGAUGACAGUGAAGGUGAAGUCUUCCUUUCAGUCUCUGAUGGUCUGCCACCAAUUAUAUCCAUGGAAAAAGAAAGAAAAGAUGGAAAGCUGUGGAGGGAGCUUUGUGAUGGGCUUCGGCUUAGUUGGAUUGUCGUAAACAAAAAAAUUAAGCAAGCUGCUAAUCUUGCCAGCUGGAGUCCUCUUGGUGGGCAAAGGCAUUGGCCAACAGACAAGGAUUUUGUGAUACGUUUUGGAUCCAUUCUUUCAGCGAAAGACAUUCUUCCAUGUCAGGUAGUAGAAUGCAUCCUUAUUAUGAAGUUUAGAGUAAUUCGCACAGAAGGAGAAGGCAACCAUACAACUCUCAAACUAACAGAGCUGAGUAUGCAGUUGGAAGACAUGGAAGGUGCUCAUGUGAAUGGAAAAAACAGUUUGCUCAUUCUCAAGGAAGCAUUGAGUUGCCGGAGGAGCAAAAACUAUAGUGAAGUUGUUGAGUCAUGUCAUUUGUACUCAAAGGUGCAAAGUGAGUUAAAAGAGGAGAAGAUGAGAAAUGAAAGCAGGAUAGAUAGGCUUUGCAUCAUUAGUGGCAUUGCUGCUUUCCUCACAUUCUGGUACUACAUUUUGUGAAAUGAAGAUGUAACCUUUUUUCCUUUUUAACACUGUAGUUAGCUGAAUAUGCUCUAACGAACUAUGUACCUUUCUGCUGUAAAAUCCAAUUUUGCCCUAGCUAAUAAAAGUUAAGUUACUGAUCUUUCUUCCCCAUGA